UAAAGAGGCUUAGUUCCUCACAGGCUGUGCGUGUUAGUGCUGUGGGGAUCCUCGCAAGGCUGCAAUCAUCGUCGCUGCUCUGCCAACUGCAAUUCCUCUCUCGAAAGCAGCCAGCGUCAGGUGCAGGCAGUUGAUGAUCCUAGGGCGCUUUAUAAAAUGCUCUGGAGGGAAUUGCUGAAAAGGAAGGAACUCAAGGCAUUUCUCCAGCAAACAAGUCAGUGAGUGUCAUAGACGCUCAGGGUUGGAUUCCCAAGCGAUUCUCCCUGCUGGAGAAGCUAAACGUCUCCGGAUCAAUGGAGGAUCAACCCUCAGGAUGCCUGACAUUUACUGAUGCCAUUUACCAGAUAGACCUUUGAAAACCGAUAGUGUGAGAAUUUAACAGUAUAUUUUCCAGCUGAUACAUGGCAAGGAAAAGACUGGCAUUCAAGUGAAUAUCUUCUCUCAAAUUUCUGUGAUUAAAACAUCAAGAUGGAUUAUCCCAAAAUGGAUUAUUUUCUGGAUGUCGAGUCUGCUCAUAGACUCUUGGAUGUGGAGUCAGCGCAAAGAUUCUUCUACAGCCAAGGAGCUCAAGCGCGCCGGGCGACCCUGCUCCUGCCUCCCACAUUAAUGGCGGCAUCUUCGGAGGACGACAUAGACCGGCGGCCCAUCCGGAGAGUGCGCUCCAAGAGCGACACGCCGUACCUCGCCGAGGCCAGGAUCUCCUUCAACCUGGGGGCAGCUGAGGAAGUGGAGAGGCUGGCAGCUAUGCGUUCUGACUCCCUUGUGCCGGGUACCCACACCCCACCCAUCCGGAGGAGAAGUAAGUUUGCCAACCUGGGAAGGAUUUUCAAGCCUUGGAAAUGGAGGAAGAAGAAAAGUGAAAAGUUCAAACACACAUCAGCAGCCCUGGAAAGGAAGAUCUCCAUGAGGCAGAGCCGAGAGGAGUUGAUCAAGCGAGGGGUCCUGAAGGAAAUCUACGACAAAGAUGGGGAGCUCUCCAUAUCAAAUGAAGAUGACUCCCUGGAAAACGGGCAGUCCCUGAGUUCCAGCCAGUUGUCUCUGCCUGCACUGUCCGAAAUGGAGCCAGUCCCGAUGCCCAGGGACCCCUGCUCGUACGAGGUGCUCCAAGCUUCAGACAUCAUGGAUGGGCCAGUGUCUGAAGAGAGCCCCUCUGCCAGUGAGUCUGGAGUCCUCCUGUCCCAAGAUCCUUCAGCCAAACCAGUCCUGCUACUGCCCCCCAAAAAAGCUACUGCUUUCUCUGGAGACCAUGAGGAGACCCCAGUGAAGCAGCUGUCCCUUCUCAAGCAGCCCCCGGCCCUGCCUCCCAAACCCACUGCCCGGAUUGCCAACCACUUAACAGAUCCUGGCGCCCCUGUGAAAUUGCCUUGUCUGCCAGUGAAACUGUCGCCUCCGCUACCUCCAAAGAAAGUCAUGAUCUGCAUGCCCGUUGGGGGACCAGAGAUCUCCCUGGCUUCCUACGCAGCCCAGAAGAGCAGCCAGCAGGGCGUGGCCCAGCACCACCACACCGUCCUGCCAUCCCAGAUCCAGCACCAGCUGCAGUAUGGCAGCCAUGGCCAGCACCUGCCCUCCUCCACUGGCACCCUCCCCAUGCACCCCUCGGGCUGCAGGAUGAUAGAUGAACUCAACAAGACGCUGGCUAUGACCAUGCAGAGGCUGGAAAGCUCUGAGCAGCGAGUCCCCUGUUCCACUUCUUACCACAGCUCUGGAUUGCACUCGAGUGAUGCUGUCACAAAAGCAGGACCUAUGGGCCUUCCAGAAAUAAGACAAGUGCCCACUGUUGUGAUUGAAUGUGAUGACAAUAAAGAAAAUGUGCCUCACCAGUCGGACUACGAAGACUCUUCUUGCCUCUACACAAGAGAAGAGGAGGAAGAAGAAGAGGAUGAAGAUGAUGACAGCUCGUUGUACACCAGCUCCCUGGCCAUGAAGGUCUGCAGGAAGGACUCCUUAGCCAUCAAACUCAGCAACAGGCCCUCCAAGCGGGAGCUAGAAGAAAAGAACAUCCUACCCAGGCAGACAGAUGAGGAGAGGCUGGAGCUGAGGCAGCAGAUCGGCACCAAGCUCACCAGGCGGCUGAGCCAGAGGCCCACGGCAGAGGAAUUGGAGCAGAGGAACAUCCUGAAACCGCGGAAUGAACAAGAGGAACAAGAGGAGAAAAGAGAGAUCAAGAGGCGGUUAACUCGAAAGCUCAGUCAGAGGCCCACAGUGGAAGAACUCCGGGAAAGGAAGAUCCUCAUCCGCUUCAGUGACUACGUGGAGGUGGCUGACGCUCAGGACUAUGACCGCAGGGCUGACAAGCCGUGGACCCGCCUCACUGCUGCCGACAAAGCUGCCAUUCGGAAGGAGCUCAAUGAGUUUAAAAGCACUGAAAUGGAGGUUCACGAAUUGAGUAGGCACUUAACAAGGUUUCACCGACCUUAGCAGUGGGAUUCCUCCCGAGUGCUCGCUGUCUUCAAAACAUAAGUCUAUAAGAACCAUAAGUGCUGGUAUUCAUUCACUUCCCAUUACGAUGUAAAUCUUCUGAACUGCCUUUUUUUUUAAGAAGAAAAAUAAAAAGAAACACAAUCAGGAUUCUGUGUGCAAAAACGUGAUGGUGACCUGUCCGUGGUCAGAUCUGCGGGCGCCACUUCUGGUACCAACACGUGUCCCACCCUCCAGCGGGCCCAGGCUGAAGACCUCUGGGAGGCGGCGUGGUCCUGGUCCUCUCCUUCCAGGCCCAGCAGGCGCGGUGUUCAUUCCAUCUCUAGCGCAGCCCUUCCUCGUGCGGGACUGGCACUGUCCCCUGCAUUCGGAGAAAGCAGAGGCUGUGGGUUUGGCCUGGGACUGACUGUACGGAGCCCAAGAUCUGGCUGGCCUUCUGGACUCGACCAAAUGCACCAGCUCCAAUGAAGUGUCUGGUUUGGGGGUCCCCGAGGCGGGUGAUGCGGUGGGGAGGGUGCACUGCUCAGUUGUCCCUGCUGGUCUCAGCAUCAUCCACAUGGGAUGGAAAUGAGGGGCACUCUUCUGGGCGAGGCUGUGUGGUCCACCACUAGCAUGUGGGUAGCUGUGGCAGGCUGGCUCUGGGUGGCUGCUGUCCUCUCUGCCAAGGGUGAGAUGGAGAGAAAUGUCAUAUUCUCAGUGCAGAUUAAUUCACCCACACGAGUUCUGAAAGCCCAGUGUCACAGGUGACACAAACACCACUGCUAAGGACUCCACUGGUGUCCAUGCACAUGAGCAUGAGGACCCUGCAGGGCACAGAAAGGUGGCCAGAAACUCUGCUUGGCUGGUGUUUUUUGAUUUUCCUGUGCACCUUGGGCCAGCAGUUGUGUGGUUUGAAAGUUAAUGACUUUGGGGUGUGGGGCCAGCGUGUGGUGGCCAGAAACCAUUCCUGGAAGCCUGGCUGCCCUGUGAUAGGGGCCUGGCCCUCCAGCACCACUCGGUGGCCUUCCAUUUGCCUUUCUUUGCCCUGCAAGCUUCUGUGGAGAAGCCCAGAGUUUGACGCAUGCCAGGUGGAACAUGGCUGCCCCCCACCUUCCCUCUCCGCUUAGCCUGAGAGACUCCUUCCCCUCUCCUCAGGAUGCCUGAUAAGCGGAGAUGUGGCUCCACCCAUCCUGUGCUCUGGGGCCCUGGGAAAUCAGUGUUGUGUUGACAGAGACACUGAGGGUUGGGGUGCAGUGGGGGAAGGAUACCCUAAACCCUAACAGAUACCCUGAGGUGGGCUGCGGCGGUCUCAUUUUCCUUCCUGACCAGAGGGCCCUUGGCACACCUCUGCCUGGCCUCCUCUGCUGGUUCUGCAGUCACCAGGUCUUUCCGGGUGUUGGCUCACUCUCCACCACACACACCCAGGGCGAGAAAGAUGCCGGCCUGGCAACCCUCAAAGAGUCAAGUCCCCACCCAAAACCAGGUGGAGCAAGUUUCUCUUAGGACAUGGCACCCAGCGAGGAAGCCCUGGAAUGCUCUGCAGGUGUUAACAGCCCCAGGGCAGCUCCAGAGGCAGCGUCCCCAGCCACUGUCACCUCCAUCCGGAGCAAGCUGGCUUCUGUCCAGCCCCAGGAGGACACCAUUACUAGAUUUUUUUAACCUUUGUUGUUUUUUGGGGGUGUUUAAUAUGAACAGUUCCAGCAGUCAGGAGAGGUAUUCAGGGAAAACAGUCGGGAUUUUAGCAUGGCUGUGAACGCAGCCUUCCCGAAAGGCUUACUGACGUCUGAAUGUGCAAAUGGUAGAACGGGAGACGUGUGCUCUUUCGUUGAACUUCCCUGGGACAGGUGGGCAGGCACGCCUGUGUGUGUUCCAGGCUGAGGUGCCUGCUGGGCCGGGCCAGGCCUCAGGACUGCACUUCCCCUACCCCACAGCUGAGCAGCAGGUGGUACUGGAGCCCUGGGGUGACAGCCUGGUUUCCCCACACCUGGACUUCCCCCAAGCUGGGCCGAGUUCUGCUCUGGGCCCUCGGAUUCCCUGGGAAUAGAAGGCCCAAAGGGAUCUCCCUGCAGCCAGCCUCCAGCCAGCUCAUGUGCCCCUGCCCUGGGCGUGCAGCCCACUCUGUGCAUGCAGAGAUGGGGGGCACUGUCUGCUUCUCUUCCUGCAGGGCACCCUUUUCAGAAGUCACUGCUCAGAGUUAAGGGUUCACCUCCCAUGUCCCAGGAAGGCCUUCAGGACUGGCUAGUUCAAGCCCAUUUCUAGCGGUUCUUCCUUUGGUUCAGCACUCUCUGUGCUCUGCAGGGUGAGGCCUCUGCCAUCUGUUUCUUAAAACCGAGGUCUUUAGAAAGAUCUCUCUCAUUUCUUUUUACCACAUUGUUGUGACAACGGAAGCAACUUGUGUCGUUUUCCAAGAUGACAAACUGAUAUUAAUUGGGGCAGGGGGAAAAAAUAGAUGGGCUAGAUGACUUAAAAUGCAUCCUUUUUAUGAAAACCCUGCAUUUUUCAAGCUGGGUUAUUUUGAGUCUAUACAUUCCCAACUAAGUGCUUUAUUGAUGAAUUAGGAGGAGAGGACAAAUUUGAAAUCAUGUUUCCCUCUCAGAAUAAGACGUUGAGCCAACCUCACAACGUCCCCAUCUCAGUGACAGAAGAGACUGCAGUUGGCCUGCUCACCUUUUCAGAGUUCCUGGUCACUUCAUCCCAAAGCCCUGUAAAACUUGUAAAACUUUAGCCUUUCUGUCAGAUUAGAGAAACCAAACAAUGAUGGUCAAUGUGGUGAAAAGUUCUCUGAGUCCAUUUUCCUCCUGCUUACAAACAUGUUUAUCUUUUGCCGAAUGAAAAAUCGUGGUAUGCUGCUUCCAUGAAUGGAAUUUCAGGCUCUCCCCGUGCACAGCUGGGGGGCAGAGGUUACCUUCAAGGACUUCUUGCCAUCUGUCUGUUAAUCCCCAAACCAGUUGCUUUUUGCAGUUGCUUCCUGGGUGUCUGUACAUAGUUUGUCUUUGUAUAGGAGUGAGUGGGUAUGGUGGCUGUCAAUCCUGCGCACUCCCGAGUUCUAAUUUAUCAGAUGACGGCUGUAUGAGGAAGACGAUGUACAUAGAACACAAAUUAAACUGGAUCUCUAUGGCCUAGGUUUUGUACAUACAGAAACUGCAUGGUAUUUAAAUUAUUGUUUGUCUCUGAUGAUGUAUGCAGUUUCU